GACCCGCUUUGAGCACGCACACGCCGUAAUGUCGCACUAAAUACAUAUUUGUAGCACGAAGAAGUGAAAGUGUUGAUGUUAUUGACGAAUUUCAUGAGGGGAAAAGUCAUUAAUAUCGCGUUCCCGCGCAAAGGGAGAAGUGCCGUUAUGUUCAGAGAUUGUUUCGGAGGGAAGACUGCCCACUCGGCGCCAUCUUCCGGAACAGAGCAGCGCGAGGUUUUGGAGUUUAAAAAUCUGCUUUUCGACUCAAAUUUGAGUUAUAAAAAACGCUUUAAAAAUGUGUCUAUUCGGGCGGAAUGUGAACGUUAUCGUGUUUGUGAGAGGGAUUAGUUAGUUUGUUAAUCGACGCAAUCACGCAAUGCAUUGUGGGAAAGCCAAAUAAGUAAACACAACCUUCGAUCCUCAUUCCAUUGCAGGAACUGUUGUUCGUUCUUUUUAAAAUCAGUCAUGGUGUUCGUUGACACGUCGAAUGGAACAAAUAAAAAAAAUACAUUUUUAUAAAAUCGUCGUUUGAUUCGCGCAUGCGCACUCCACCCCGGAAGUUCCUCGGAGAUGUUGCCGCUGCUCAGGCUGCACGAUCAAAUGGCGUCAAGUGAAACAUUCCGCUGCUCAUAGGAGGCUUUUUAUUCGCCAUGGCUCACGCCAGCACCUUCGAGAAGGAGACGGAGCGAGAGACCAAGAAGCUGAUCAGGUGUGUUUGUGGUCAGGAGGACGAGGAGGAGCCCAACUUCCAGCUCGCACUCAAGUUUGCCUCCUCCAACUUCAGGUUCCAUCGUUUCCUGGAUGUGGACAGUCACAAGGUGCAGCGAAGCAUUAAUGGAAUCUACGAGAAGCUCAUGGUCCACUCAGAAGUCAGUAAAGCCGAAAGCUGGAUGAGGCUGACUGGCGAGUUCCUCAACUCCCCUUUGUUUACCAGCAGUGAAAAAAAGACCGACGUCCACUACGGCGUCCUAUCCCUGCUGCUCUGCUUGUCGGGGUCCCCCUCCAACACCAACUUCACGGAAAGACCCCGCGCGAAGGAGGCUGAGCCUGAGGACGAUUUUGACUGGGCUAAAUACCUGACGGAGGGAGAGGACUUGGACUUUGGGCCCUUCCCGGAUACUCCUGAGUGGUCCGAGGAGGAGACCGAGGAGGAGGAUGGCCGUCAGCCAAUCAGCAGGGAGGACUCUGGCAUCCAGCUGGACAAAACCCCCCAGGAGGACAAAGAGGGUGGAAGCAAGACGGUCCAGGUCACAUGGACAGUGGGCGAACCCGAUGCCCGGGUCUGGCUGGAGCACCACGUGGUGACCCCCUACUGGGUGGGACAAGCCCCUCGAUUCGCCCACAGCCUCCAUUUGCACUCCAAUCUGCUCAAUGUCUGGGACCAGCACCUGUACAACACCGACCCGCUCUACCUGCCAGAGGAAAAACCCUUCAUCACAGAGACACAGGUUAUCCGAGAAACGCUGUGGCUUCUGUCCGGGGUUAAAAGACACUUCAUCUUCCAGCACCACGACGGGAAAGUGUCCGUGAGGAACAACGUGGUGGUGACUCAUCUGACCAGCAACUGCCUGCGCUCCGUGCUGGAGCACGUGGCCGUGUACGGCCAGGCCGUGUCCAGGCUGCAGAGGUUCAUCGACGAGGUGACGGGGCACAGCCCGGAGCUGGGCCCGGCCGGAUCCGGCGCCAAGAGGGGCUCGGAACCUCCCUUCAGAACCUACCAGGCCUUCGUGUGGGCGCUCAACAAGUUCUUCGCCGGCUUCAAGGAGGAGCUGACCUCCAUCGAGAGAGGACUGGUGUGUGAAGAUGAAACCGUGACCCUGUCAGCCGUUCUGGAGCGCCUCGGUCCAAACCUGGCUCAGAUCAAAGUGCUCUACAAGGUCUUCUGCACCGGGGUGGCUGAGGUCCCCCCCGAGACCCCCAACGUGGUGCGGGCGUCCCACCUGCUCAACACCUUGUACAAAGCCAUCAGCGAUUACGACAGCGUUGGGGAAGCCUCCGAGCAAACGGUGGCAUUGCUCUUUUCACUCUGGACCGAGACCGUCAGACCCUACUUGGAGAUAGUGGACGAGUGGAUCGUCCACGGUCACCUGUUUGACCCCGCCAAAGAGUUCAUCAUCCAAAGGAACAAGGACGUGCCAGUCAACCACAGGGACUUCUGGUACGCCACCUACACGCUGUACAGCAUAUCUGAGGCGGUGGAGAGCGAGAUGAAUGACGCGGCCAGCGGGAGCUCGGCGGGCGACGGCAGCACCGGCAUCCGACAGCUCACCAUGGUGUCCUUCCUCAAGCCCGUCCUCAAGCAGAUCAUCAUGGCCGGGAAGUCCAUGCAGCUGCUCCGGAACCUGGACUGUAAAGACCCCCAGCAGACUGAGGGGUCCUCCCGAGAUGCCGAGCGUAAGAGUCUGUACACGCUGUUCCUGGAGUCGGUGCAGUCGCGCCUGUGCAGCCAGGACCAGUCCCCCACAGGCAUGGUGACGGAGCAGCAGGCCACCAGGAGGAGCCUGUUCAAGAUGCAGUCCAUCAUCGCACAACACCUGGAGAUGAACGACCUCCACGACCCCCUGCUGGCCAUCAACUUUGCCAGGCUCUACUUGGAGCAGAGCGACUUCCACCAGCGCUUCUCCAAGGACGGCUUCAUUGUGGACCGCUCCUCCCAGGCGGUCACCUGCCAGACUUUCCAGCUCACCUUGCGCUCCUGCCUCUACCCUCACAUCCAGAAGCGCUACAUCGAGUGCUGCGGGAACCUCAUGAAGACGCUGAAGAAGGACUACAAGCUGCUGGAGUACCUCCAAGCCAUGAGGAACUACUUCCUGCUGGAGGCCGGAGACACCAUGUACGACUUCUACACAGCCAUCUUCGACAAGGUGCGGGAGAAGGAGACCUGGCAGCAGCCGGCCUUCCUCAACGCCCAGCUGCAGGAGGCCGUGGGGCAGCGCUGCCCGGAGGACAGCAGCAGGUUGUCAAUCUUCUUGGAGACUAUGGACCCGGCCCGGAAAAAACAUCCCGUCAACAAUCUGGAAGUACUGACCCUCAGCUACAAGGUUCCCUGGCCUGUGGACAUUGUGAUCAGCUCCGAGUGCCAGAAAAUUUACAACCAGGUCUUCCUGCUGCUGCUGCAGAUCAAGUGGGCCAAGUACAGUUUGGACACGCUUCGAUUUAGUGAUUUCAUGGACUUCACCAAGAAAGUGGAAGGGGAGGUGGCUGACUACGUGAAGGCCAAGGAGUCACUCAAGCAGCAGAUUCAUCGCAUGUGUUUACUGAGAGUCAAACUCAUGCACUUUGUCAACAGCCUGCACAAUUACAUCAUGACCAGGAUCCUGCACAGCACCGGACUGGAGUUCCAGCACCAGGUGCAGGAAGCCAAAGACCUGGACCAGCUGAUCAAGAUCCACUACAGAUAUUUGGCAACCAUUCAUGACCGCUGCUUGCUGAGGGAGAAGGUCAGUUUCGUCAAGGAAGCCAUCAUGAAGGUGCUCAAUCUGGUCCUCAUCUUCUCGGACCGAUGGCAGGCCGGGUUCGGCGCGUGGAAGAUCGAGUCCAUUUACAAGAUGGAGUCCGACUUCAAGAACUGCCACAUGUUCCUAGUGACGAUCCUCAAUAAAGCUGUGUGUCGAGGCUCCUUCCCUCACCUGGAGUCCCUGGCCCUCUCGCUGAUGGCCGGCUUUGAGCAGUGCUGACAGUAAGUAGCACUCCAAGUCUGCUCCACAUCUUCUUCUUCUUCAUAAUGUCAGCCACAUAAAAUCCUGCACUCCAUCUUUUGGUACCGCGGAUUGCUACUCCUGAACUUGUACAGGUAUGGGAUUAGAGGAGUGGCCUUGUCUUGGCUCCAGAUUGACCUGAAGAACAGAUCCUAGUACGUCCACAGCAAUGGCACUGAUGCCCACUUGGGCCCUUAUCUAUAUUAAAGACUUUUUACUUUCAAAACUAUUUGAUUGUAUUCGCUGAUGACACCAACAUACUUAGUAAGAGGGGCUGUCCAAACUACUCAACCUCUUCAAUUUGCCCCCGGGAAGGCGUGAUUUGUUCAACGAAGAACCCCCCAUACUUGCCAACCCUCACAAUUUUCCCGGGAGACUCCCAGUGCCCCUCCCGAAAAUCUCCCGGGGCAACCAUUCUCCCGAAUUUCUCCUGAAUUCCACCCGGACAACAAUAUUGGGGGCGUGCCUUUAGCGUCCUGUCUCACCUGAAAAGGAGACUAUUAUAUCCAUAGGUUGAUCUAUAACCCAUAAAGUAGGCAGGCCCACAGCUACAGUGGGGCAAAAAAGUAUUUAGUGCAAGUUCUCCCACUUAAAAUGAUGACAUCCAUCCAUCCAUUUUCUACCGCUUAUUCCCUUUCGGGGUCGCGGGGGGGCGCUGGCGCCUAUCUCAGCUACAAUCGGGCGGAAGGCGGGGUACACCCUGGACAAGUCGCCACCUCAUCGCAGGGCCAACACAGAUAGACAGACAACAUUCACACACUAGGGCCAAUUUAGUGUUGCCAAUCAACCUAUCCCCAGGUGCAUGUCUUUGGAAGUGGGAGGGGCCUAUCCCCAGGUGCAUGUCCUUGGAAGUGGGAGGAAGCCGGAGUACCCGGAGGGAACCCACGCAUUCACGGGGAGAACAUGCAAACUCCACACAGAAAGAUCCCGAGCCUGGAUUUGAACCCAGGACUGCAGGACCUUCGUAUUGUGAGGCAGACGCACUAACCCCUCUGCCACCUGUAAUUUUUAUCAUAGUGAAGUGAAGUGAAUUAUAUUUAUAUAGCGCUUUUCUCAAGUGACUCAAAGUGCUUUUACAUAGUGACACCCAAUAUCUAAGUUACAAUUAAACCAGUGUGGGUGGCACUGGGAGCAGGUGGGUAAAGUGUCUUGCCCAAGGACACAACGGCAGUAACUAGGAUGGCACAAGUGGGAAUCGAACCUGCAACCCUCAAGUUGCUGGCACAGCCACUCUACCAACCGAACCAUACCGCCCCAUCAUAGGUACACUUCAACUGUUACAGACAGAAUGUGAAAAAAAAAUCCAGGAAUUUUUGAUAAUUUAUUUGUAAAUUAUGGUGGAAAAUAAGUAUUUGGUCAACCAUUCAAAGCUCUCAUUGAUGGAAGGAGGUUUUGGCUCAAAAUGUCACGAUACAUGGCCCCAUUCAUUCUUUCCUUAACACGGAUCGAUCGUCCUGUCUCCUUAGCAGAAAAACAGCCCCAAAGCAUGAUGUUUCCACCCCCAUGCUUCACAGUAGGUGUGGUGUUCUUGGGAUGCAACUCAGUAGUCUUCUUCCUCCAAACACGACGAGUUGAGUUUAUACCAAAAUGGAUACAUGGAUGAUACAGCAGAGGAUUGGGAGAAUGUCAUGUGGUCAGAUGAAACCAAAAUAGAACUUUUUCGUCUAGCUCUUCCCGGGGGAUCCCGAGGCGUUCCCAGGCUAGCCGGGAGACAUAGUCUUCCCAACGUGUCCUGGGUCUUCCCCGUGGCCUCCUACCGAAACACCUCCCUAGGGAAGUGUUCAGGUGGCAUCCUGACCAGAUGCCUGAACCACCUCAUCUGGCUCCUCUCCAUGUGGAGGAGCAGCGGCUUUACUUUGAGUUCCUCCCGGAUGGCAGAGCUUCUCACCCUAUCUUUAAGGGAGGAAACUCAUUCGGGCCGCUUGUACCCGUGAUCUUGUCUUUUCGGUCAUAACCCAAAGCUCAUGACAAUAUGUGAGGAUGGGAACGUAGAUCGACCAGUAAAUUGAGAGCGGGCGAGGACCAUAGACUCGGACUUCUCAUCUCAGCCGCUUCACACUCGGUUGCGAACCGAUCCAGUGAAAUCUGAAGAUCCUGGCCAGACGAAGCCAUCAGGACCACAUCAUCUGCAAAAAGCAGAGAUCUAAUCCUGCAGCCAACAAACCCAAUCGCCUCAACGCCUUGACUGCGCCUAGAAAAUCUGUCCAUAAAAGUUAUGAACGGAAUCGGUGACAAACGGCAGCCUUGGCGGAGUCCAACCCUCACUGGAAACGUGUCCGACUUACCAAGCUCUUGACACCGACAGACAGUCCGAUACCCCAUACUCACUGAGCACUCCCCACAGGACUUUCUGAGGGACACAGUCGAAUGCCUUCUCCAAGUCCACAAAGCACAUGUAGACUGGUUGGGAAAACUACCAUGCAUCCUCAAGGACCCUGCCGAGAGUUUAGAUCUGGUCCACAGUUCCACGACCAGGACAAAAACCACACUGUUCCUCCUGAAUCCGAGGUUUGACUAUCCGGCGUAGCCUCCUCUCCAGUACACCUGAAUAGACCUUACCGGGAAGGCUGAGGAGUGUGAUCCCAUGAUAGUUGGAACACACCCUUGGGUUCCCCUUCUUAAAGAGAGGAACCAGCAACCCGGUCUGCCAAUCCAGAGGCACCGUCCCUGAUGUCCACGCGAUGCUGCAGAGUUCCAAAAUAUUGGAGAAAAUAAUUUCGGUUCAUCCAGGACAGCUCGAAUUUUGUUGUUCAGUCUUCUCCAUUGAACACGAUGUCCGAAAGGAUUUACUCAUUCAUGAACGGAUUAUCUUCUGCAUUUGACCCAUGACCCUUGAUCACCCCCUGGGAGGUGAGGGGAACAGUGGGCGCCCGAGAAUCAUUUUUGGUGUUUAACCCCCAAUUCCAACCCUUGAUGCUGACUGCCAAGCAGGGAGUUAAUGGGUCCCAUUUUUUUUGUCUUUGGUAUGACUCGGCCAGGGUUUGAACUCACAACCUACCGAUCUCAGGGCGGACGCUCUAACCACUAGGCCACUGAGUAGUGUAAGACUAGAUGUAACCAAUCUAAGUCUAAGACUAGAUGUGACCAAUCUAAGUCUAAGACUAGAUGUGACCAAUCUAAGUCUAAGACUAAAUGGGAUCAAUCUAAGUCUAAGAUUAGAUGUGAACGAUUUAAGUCUAAGAGUAGAUGUGACCAAUUUAAGUCUAAGACUAAAUGUGACCAACCCUGAGUCUAAGACUAGAUCAGACCAAUCUAAAUGUAAGACUUGAUCAAACCAAUCUAAGUCUAAGACUAAAUGUGACCAACCCUGAGUCUAAGACUAGAUCGGACCAAUCUAAGUCUAAGAUUUGAUCAAACCAAUCUAAGUCUAAGACUAGAUGUGACCAAUCUAAGUCUAAGACUAAAUGGGAUCAAUCUAAGUCUAAGAUUAGAUGUGAACGAUUUAAGUCUAAGAGUAGAUGUGACCAAUUUAAGUCUAAGGCUAAAUGUGACCAACCCUGAGUCUAAGACUAGAUCAGACCAAUUUAAAUGUAAGACUUGAUCAAACCAAUCUAAGUCUAAGACUAAAUGUGACCAACCCUGAGUCUAAGACUAGAUCAGACCAAUCUAAAUGUAAGACUUGAUCAAACCAAUCUAAGUCUAAGACUAAAUGUGACCAACCCUGAGUCUAAGACUAGAUCGGACCAAUCUAAGUCUAAGAUUUGAUCAAACCAAUCUAAGUCUAAGACUAGAUGUGACCAAUCUAAGUCUAAGACUAAAUGGGAUCAAUCUAAGUCUAAGAUUAGAUGUGAACGAUUUAAGUCUAAGAGUAGAUGUGACCAAUUUAAGUCUAAGACUAAAUGUGACCAACCCUGAGUCUAAGACUAGAUCAGACCAAUCUAAAUGUAAGACUUGAUCAAACCAAUCUAAGUCUAAGACUAAAUGUGACCAACCCUGAGUCUAAGACUAGAUCAGACCAAUCUAAAUGUAAGACUUGAUCAAACCAAUCUAAGUCCAAGACUAAAUGUGACCAACCCUGAGUCUAAGACUAGAUCGGACCAAUCUAAGUCUAAGAUUUGAUCAAACCAAUCUAAGUCUAAGACUAGAUGUGACCAAUCUAAGUCUAAGACUAAAUGGGAUCAAUCUAAGUCUAAGAUUAGAUGUGAACGAUUUAAGUCUAAGAGUAGAUGUGACCAAUCUAAGUCUAAGAUUUGAUCAAACCAAUCUAAGUCCAAGACUAGAUUGGACCAAUCUAUGGGGGUUAAAUCAGUGGUCCCCAACCUUUUUGUAUCCGCGGACCGGUCAACGCUUAAUAAUUGGUCCCGCGGCCCGGGUGGAGGAGGGCUAGGUUUUCCUUUUUCUUAAUUUAUUUUUUAUUUUUUUUAUUUGUCAUGAAAAAGGGACGUUUUUGUCAUGAAAAAUGGAGGUUUUUGUGGUUGGUGCACUAAUUGUAAGUGUAUAUUGUGUUUUUGAUGUUGAUUUAGUGGAAAAAAAAUUAAUAAUUAAUAAAUUAAUAAAAAAUUAUUCUGCGGCCCGGUACCAAUCGGGCCGCGACCCGGUGGUUGGGGACUACUGCGUUAAAUCACCAAAAAUGAUUCCCGGGCGUGGCCACCACUGCUGCUCACUGCUCCCCUCCCUGGUAUGAUCAAGGGUGAGAGGUCAAAUGCAGAGAAUAAUUUCGCCACACAUAGUGUGUGUGUGACAAACAUUGGUAAUUUAACUUUAAGUCUAAGACUAUAUUGGACUAAUCUAAGUCAAAGACUAGAUCUGACCAAUCUCAGUCUAAGACUAAAUGUGACCAACCCUAAGUCUAAGACUAGACGUGACCAAUCUAAGUCUAAGACUAUAUGUGACCAAUCAACGUCUAGAACUAAAUGUGACCUAUAUAAGUCUAAAUGUGAACAAUCUAAGUCUAAGACUAGAUGUGACCAAUCUAACUCUAAGACUAGAUGUGACCAAUCUAAGUCUAAAUGUGACCAAUGUAAGUCUAAAACUAGAUGUGACCAACCCUAAGUCUAAGACUAGACAGAACCAAUCUAAGUCUAGACCUAAUGUGACCAAUAUAAGUCUAAAUGUGACCAAUCUAAGUCUAAGACGAUAUGUGACCAAUCUAAGUCUAGAGCUAAAUGUGACCAAUCUAAGUCUAAAUGUGACCAAUGUAAGUCUAAAACUAGAUGUGACCAAUCUUAGUCUAACACUAAAUGUGACCAAUCUCGGUCUAAGACUAAAUGUGACCAACCCUAAGUCUAAGACUAGACAGGACCAAUCUAAGUCUAAGACUAUAUGUGACCAAUCUAAAUCUAGAACUAAAUGUGACCAAUAUAAGUCUAAAUGUGAACAAUCUAAGUCUAAGACUAGAUGUGACCAAUCUAAGUCUAAGACUAGAUGUGACUAAUCUAAGUGUAAGACUAGAUGUGAUCAAUCUAAAUAUAAGACUAGACGUGACUAAUCCAACUCUAAGACUAGAUGUGACCAAUCUAAGUCUAAGACUAAAUGUGACCAAUCUAAGUCUAAGACUAAAUGUGACCAAUCUAAGACUAGAUGUGACCAAUCUAGGUCUAAGACUAGAUGUGAAUAAUCUAACUCUAAGACUAGAUGUGACCAAUGUAAGUCUAAGACUAAAUGUGAACAAUCUAAGUCUAAGACUAAAUGUGACCAAUCUAAGUCUAAGACUAGAUGUGACUAAUCUAAUAAUAAUAAUAAUAAUAAUGGAUUAGAUUUAUAUCACGCUUUUCUAUUGUUAGAUUGUGACCAAUCUAAGACUAAGACUAGAUGUGACCAGUCUAAGGCUAGAUAUGACCACUCUAAGACUAGAUGUGACCAAUCUAAGGCUAGAUAUGACCACUCUAAGACUAGAUGCGACCAGUGUAAGACUAGAUGUGACCAAUCUAAGUCGUGUCCAAUGUCUGAAUAAAUGAAACUUCAACUCUACUCAAGUCCUUUUGAAGACAUUAUGUACUCGCUCUUUCACAGUCAAAAAGGAUCGUUCAGCAUCAGUUAUAUUUUCCAAGUAUGACGUGUAGAGUGGAACCUAGACCUAUGAACCCCUCUGUUUGCAAACUUUUACAUUGACAAACCUUCCCAUGGAGCCAAACGCGAACCAUGUCUCUGUGUACCAUCGCUUCGCUCAGUCGCUCAUUUUGUGUCGCGCCCGCAGGCAAAAAGCAGGGCGCAGCAUUUUCGGAGGAGGCGGAGCUUUGUCCAUGUUGCUUACUCAAUGCGAGUCCCAAAAAGACAACAGUGCAACGUUACUGUGGAGUUAAAAAAACAAA